AUGCCUCUCUGCAAUGACUCCUCCCGCAAGCUUGCCUUGGCCGUUGCUCUCCUCUUUGUUGGCGUCCUAUAUAUCAUCUUCUCCACACGUUCGAUUUCCGUUCCUGUCUCCAAUCUCUUACACAAUAUCAACACUCCUCAGCCAGUGAAAAAGAUAGAGCUUCCACUGGACGAGCUUGAGGCAGUGUUGGAGAGUGCGGCUGCAGGAAACAACAAUACGGUGAUAAUAGCUCUUGUGAACAGAGCGUAUGUGGAGGAUGUUGGAGGAGGGAAGGCGAUGCUGGAUCUGUUCCUGGAAAGUUUCUGGGAAGGAGAAGGAACUAUGCCGCUUCUAGAACAUCUGCUGCUGGUGGCAACAGAUCAGACAGCCUAUGAUCGCUGCCGCUUCAGGAGGCUCCAUUGCUACAAGAUGGAUACUACAGGUGCUGACCUAGAGGGAGAGAAAGUAUUCAUGUCAACUGAUUUCAUUGAGAUGAUGUGGCGGAGGACUCACUUUCUCCUCGACGUCCUCCACCGCGGCUACCAUCUUCUUUUCACGGACACGGACGUGUUGUGGCUAAGGAACCCCUUCUCCCGGCUAAGCAACAAUGGGAGCUUGGAUAUGCAGAUAAGCGUCGACCAAAACAACGUGGAAGCUGUACAGUCGAUCAACACCGGAUUCUACCACGUCCGCUCCAACAACAAGACCAUCUCCCUCUUCCAUAAAUGGUACGACAUGAGGCUCAACUCGUCCGGCAUGAAGGAACAAGACGUCCUCCAGAAGCUCCUCGACUCGGGUUUAUUCAAUCAACUCGGCCUCAACGUUGGCUUCCUCAACACCAGCGAAUUCAGCGGCUUCUGCCAAGACAGCCCUGACAUGGGAGCCGUCACCACGGUACAUGCCAACUGCUGCCGCCACAUUCCCCCCAAGGUCUUUGAUCUCACUCUUGUUCUUACUGACUGGAAAAGCUACAAGGCCUCCCAUGUUAAUAACAAGUGGAGCCCUCAUGAUAAAUGUGGGGGUUCAUGGAAAGACAACCAUUAUGUCCCCAAGCCAUGA